CUACAAUGCAAAUCAAAUAAUUUGCAGAAAGGUGAGAUGGACCAAUAUACGAAAACGAUGGUAAUGGCAGGUAAUAUUGAACACAGAGAAAAUCAAGAGGAAUUGUUUGGCGAAUGUUUGCCGCAUUUCCAACUUCUUCUCUCCCACCUCCGAUUAUCUCGCCACACAUAAAUCCCAAAACUAGUCGUCCACGAAAUUAAAUUAUUGGAAUUAGACGAGGUUCGUUGUUUAGGGAUUGUAUCGAUUUUUAGCAAAUUUCUUCCUCUGGUCCCUCUUAUUGAAGGGACCAUUGUCCGACUUUCACCAGUUUGAGGCCCGAUUCUCCCUUCGUCGGGUCCAUCUGGGUCUCCCCAAAAUCUGUCAAUUCGUUGAUGGGUUUUGGGGGUGAAUCUAAAUGGGUUGUAUCAGUUCAAAACAUGUUGUCAUCGCUACUCUUUCCCCUAUUCAUGAUUCUUCGCUGACCCUUGCUGAUGAUGAUAAAGCCGCCAGGCGUUUUCCGAAUCCUAAUCAGAAUCAGGAUUAUGGACAAGGGAAGUUUAAACAGGAGACAGAAGACGACGACGAUGAUGAUAAGAUCAGUAAUGACGAUGAUCCCGUCGGUGAUGUUGUCGUGCAACAUUCUCCCAAAAAGCCUGCUUUUUCAUUAAGCACGAGAUUUGGAAGAUCGACUGUAGCAGAACAUGUCGCCGCCGGUUGGCCCGCCUGGCUUAGCGCCGUCGCUGGUGAAGCCAUUGAUGGUUGGGUUCCACAAAAAUCCGAUAACUUCGAGAGAUUUGAAAAGAUUGGACAAGGAACAUACAGUAGUGUCUAUCGUGCACGCGAUCUCAGAAGUGGUAAAAUGAUGGCGCUGAAGAAGGUUCGAUUCGACAAUUUCCAACCUGAAAGCGUGAGAUUCAUGGCUCGUGAAAUCUCAAUCCUUCGAAGGCUUGAUCAUCAAAAUGUCAUGAAAUUGGAGGGAAUAAUCACGUCACGUUUGUCGUGUAACAUUUACCUUGUCUUUGAGUAUAUGGAACAUGAUCUUGCAGGACUUAUAUCAUCCCCCGACAUCAGAUUCACCGAAUCCCAGAUCAAAUGCUACAUGCGGCAACUGUUGAAAGGAAUCGAGCACUGUCACUCACGAGGAAUCCUCCAUCGUGACAUUAAAACAUCAAACAUUUUGGUGGAUAACAAUGGAAGAUUGAAGAUUGCAGAUUUCGGUCUUGCCAAUUUUGCAGCAAGCAGGCAGCCAUUAACGAGUCGUGUAGUGACAUUGUGGUAUCGUCCUCCUGAGCUUCUUUUAGGGUCAUCAAAUUAUGGAACCAAUGUCGAUAUGUGGAGCGUGGGAUGUGUUUUUGCUGAACUUUUUAUCGGUCGACCCAUCUUAAAAGGGAGAACAGAGGUUGAACAAUUGCAUAAAAUAUUCAUGCUUUGUGGCAAUCCACCAGAUGAGUUUUGGAAAAAUUCGUCACUUACUCUUGCAACAAUGUUUAAACCCCGACAUGCUUAUGAAAGCUCUCUUAGGGAAAGGUGUAACGAACUCCCGAAAUCUGCCGUCAACCUAAUCGCGUCUUUCCUUUCUGUUGAACCAGAAAAACGUAUGACUGCUACUUCCGCUCUUCAAUCUGAGUACUUUCAUUCGAGACCUUACGCCUGUGAUCCAACAAGCUUGCCAACGUACCCACCCAGCAAGGAGAUCGAUGCGAAAUUUCGAGAGGAAGCAAACAGAAAGAAUGCUAGUGGCAGAAUAAGGGCAUCUGGGGGAUCGAGAAAUGUGAGAAGAGGCCGACAAAGUACUUUGUCUAAAGUUGUUCAAUCAGAGGCUCGACGAACUGGUUAUUUGAAUGGAUCUAGAGCAUCAGCUGAUAAUCUUGACACGGUAUCGGACGUUUCACAAACCGCCGAUGUAUCUGAAUCUGACACCAUUUGUUCGCUGCCUCCACGAGCGACCUCAUCACAUGGAAGCCUUGGUGGCUGGUCAACAAAAAGACGAAAGCAUGUCAGUUUUGUGACCCCAACGAGUCAAGAUGUUCGUUCAUUUGAGCCCAUCUAUGAGCAAGAUCUAUCAUCAACAUCAUCUGAUCAUCAAGAACAAGAAGAAGAAACGAAACGAUACUCGGGUCCUAUGCUACGUCACGCACAUACAACCAAUGGGAGACAAGAAGGUAACACUCGCAAUGGUGUUCAUAAAUCGCGAUUUUCAAGAGACGCAGAGUUAUUAUUAUGUGAAAGGGGGGAAGAUGAAGGUCAAACAAAACAUGUUGAUCCUUUCUGAUACAGUGCUAUUGUACCAUGUGCUUGGAUCAUUGUGCUGUAGAAUGAAGGGAGAAAUAGAAUUAUUUUUUCAUUGAUUUCAUAAAUUUGGUAUCCUUUAUUCCAUUCACUUUACCCUUUUCUUUUUUGUAACUUUCUUCUCGUUGUUGCUACUUGCUAACGAUAUAUUCCAACUCUUCUUUUAACA